GCUGGUGCACAGGAAGCAUGGCGCUCUGGCGAGCAUACCAGAGGGCUCUAGCUGCUCAUCCGUGGAAAGUCCAGGUCCUGACGGCUGGGUCCCUGAUGGGCCUAGGUGACAUUAUCUCACAGCAGCUGGUGGAGAGGCGGGGUCUGCAGGAACACCAGACAGGCCGAACCGUGACCAUGGUAUUCCUGGGCUGUGGCUUUGUGGUAAGUUCUGGCUGCAACAGGGCCUUGGUACACUGGGCAGUGGAAUUUGUCCUCCAUCAUCCUGUAGUUUUCUUUGGCCUCUCAUACCUAGCCCAGGCUGUGCCCUCUUUUUUCCUUAGUGUCUCCCUUCCCCAGGAUUUGGAUUCUGAUGCUUGGGGGUGGAGCUUUGUGAUAGAAAAUCCCUCACUGCAUCCUGCUGCCCCAUCUGGGGUUUACUUUCAGGGCCCUGUAGUAGGAGGCUGGUACAGAGUUUUGGACCGCUUCAUCCCUGGCACCACCAAGGUGGAUGCACUAAAGAAGAUGUUGGUAGACCAGGGGGGCUUUGCCCCGUGUUUUCUGGGUUGCUUCCUCCCUCUGGUAGGGACACUCAAUGGACUAUCAGCCCAGGACAAUUGGGCCAAACUACAGCAGGAUUAUCCUGAUGCACUCAUCACCAACUAUUAUCUCUGGCCUGCUGUGCAGUUAGCCAAUUUCUACCUGGUCCCUCUGCAUUACAGGUUGGCAGUUGUCCAGUGUGUUGCUGUCAUCUGGAACUCCUACCUAUCCUGGAAAGCACAUCAGCUUUAACUCUGCCUUGCUCCAUCGUUUCCACCUUGCAGUAAUUCAACUUGACCCUAGAAUGGUCAGACAACCUCCUCUAAGUGGGCACAUCAGUUUUUAUGGGGUGGGGUGGCUGGUCAGAACUUAAUUGGAUUAGCACUGUGAAAUGUAAGCUGACUGCUUCUGAAGUCACUCAGACCCUUAGCCGUAGGGUGAAAUUGCCUUUUUUGAGAAAAGUGUCAUUAGGCAAUUUCAGUGUUGCAAGAACAUGAUAGAGUGUGAUUGCACAAACCUAGCUGGGUGCCGGUGGCUGGUGCCUAUAAUCCUAACUACUCAGAAGGUAAAAAUUAGGAGGAUCAAGGUUCAAAACCAUCCCAGGAAAAU